CAGCACAAUACACGUCAGCUGAUUAGCGUCAGAGCCGUACAAAAGUCACGUGACUGCUGUCAGCACGUGACACUCUGGAGCAGCACAUCAACAUGGAUGCAGGACGACCACAACCUGUCUACUGGCUGGGUAAAGACACCCUGAGGGUGUCUGCUGCUCUGUUUGCAGAGAACCGCCGACGGCUGUGCAAUGCGCUGAAAGCCAAAGUAGUGCCGCAGUCAGUGGUGGUGCUGCAGGGAGGAGAGCAGAAGCAGAGGUACUGCACAGACACAGACGUCCUUUUCAGACAGGAGUCUUUCUUCCACUGGGCUUUUGGAGUAACUGAGCCUGACUGUUAUGGCGCCAUUGAUGUGGACUCUGGGAAAUCCAUCAUUUUUGUUCCCAAACUGCCUGAAAGCUAUGCUACUUGGAUGGGAGAGAUCUUUCCUAAAGAGCACUUCAAGGCAAAGUAUGCUGUCGAUGAGGUGCAAUACGCCUGUGAUAUUGCUGAUGUCCUGCCCAACCUGACACCAGCGGUGCUCCUAACACUGCGAGGUCAGAAUACAGAUAGUGGGAGCGUCUGCCGUGAAGCCUCCUUUGAAGGAAUUAGUCGCUUCCAAGUGAACAACACUCUUUUACACCCAGUCAUCGUGGAAUGCCGUCUGAUUAAGACUGAUAUGGAGCUGGAAGUCCUGCGCUACACCAACAGGAUUUCCAGUGAAGCCCAUAAAAUGAUCAUGAAGCAUGUGAAACCUGGACAGAAAGAAUAUGAAAUGGAGAGCCUGUUCCAGCACUACUGCUACACUGAGGGAGGGAUGCGUCACACCUCUUACACCUGUAUCUGUGGAACGGGCAAUAAUUCCUCCAUUCUCCACUACGGACAUGCUGGUGCACCGAACGAUAAGACAAUUACGGGUGGAGACAUGUGUCUGUUCGACAUGGGCGGAGAGUACUACUGCUACUCCUCAGACAUCACCUGCUCCUUCCCAGCCAAUGGCAAGUUUACUCCAGACCAGAGGGACAUCUAUGAGGCAGUCCUCAAAUCCUCUCGCACUGUCAUGGCUGCCAUCAAACCAGGUGUGAAGUGGACCGACAUGCAUCGCAUGGCUGACCGGGUUCACCUGGAGGAGCUUGUGAAGAUCGGCAUCCUGAAUGGCAGCGUGGAGGACAUGUUGAAGGUCCACAUGGGCUCCGUCUUCAUGCCCCACGGCCUGGGACACCUGCUGGGCAUCGAUGUGCACGAUGUGGGAGGAUACCCUGAGGGGGUGGACCGUGUUGAUGAGCCUGGACUGAAGAGUCUUCGGAUGGGCCGCCUGGUGCAGGAGAGGAUGGUCCUCACCGUGGAGCCCGGCAUAUACUUCAUCAACCACCUGCUGGACCAGGCCCUGGCCAACCCUGCCCAGAGCUGCUUCAUCAACAACCAAGUGCUGACUCGCUUUCGCGGCUUUGGAGGGGUUCGCAUUGAAGAUGACAUAGCCGUGACAGCUGACGGUAUAGAGCUGCUGACCUGCGUCCCUCGCACUGUGGAGGAGAUCGAAGCGUUCAUGGCCAACUCUGCAAAACCCUUCAGCCCCGUCACCAGCAGUGACAAAUUCUGAUCGGUUUCCCACAAUAAAGAGCUCAACGCUGCGAUGUCAUUGAUUACUGCAGAUAAACAACAACAAUGAAAAUUCUUCGGUGAAACUGAAGUUCUUGCUCUCGCUCUCAUUUCUCAUUUAUA